AUGUGUGACAAGUCUGACUGUGACUGUCAAUCCCUUGGGGUCUUCAGAGGGCCAGUGGUAAGUGGGAGCCAUGACUUUGAUGAGCACUGCAUGUUUGGAAAUGACAUGUACUUGACAAAAGGUCAAGUCGAUUUCCUUAAUGAGCACUGCAACCACUUUCCAACAGAGGAAUUUGAGUACUAUGUCUACAGGAUGACCAAGUCAGCAGUGAUAAAGAAUAAAUGCAAGCUGGAUAUUGGAAAGAAGUUCACUGCCAAGUACCUGAAAAGGUUCAUUGACGAUGCUCCUGGCAAUGCUGUUACUCUUUCUCUAGAGUACACCGACAGCAAUGCACGCUUUAAAGUGACCAUGAAGAUGGCAAAGGGGAAGGCCAAGAAUGCAAUCAUAGCAACUGGUUGGUCAAAGGCUAUGAAUACUUAUGAGAUCAAAGAAGGAGCCAUCUGCAUCUUUGAAUUCUACGUUGACAUGAAAGGUAAGCUUGCUCUGAUGAUCCACAGUCUACCUGAUGACUGUGAUGACUCUGAUUCAUCUGAGUCAUCAGAGUAAGUGCUCAACUUCCCUGAGUCAUCCAGUUAGUUAUGGAGUAUUAGUUGUCUUAGUUGCUAUGGACUGUUAGUUGUCUAAGUUGCUGAAGUAAGUGCUGAACUGCUGAACUACUUUUGAUGCCUACCAGUGGGCAUGCUACUUA